AUGGAUGGCUUCCUCAGCGCUCCGUCUAACACGGGAAGCGGGAGUCCUAAGAUGGUGCCUGACUCAACUGCCUCCCCAGCGGGAUUGGAGUAUUCCACCCUAGAAUGGAUUGGAGAGGAUCUACGACACAUGGCAGCAUCUAUGGCCACAAAGGUCGAUCACCAAACACUUACCUCCACUAUCCAGGAUGCUGUGCGAGCCAAAAUGUCCGGGCUUCGGAAUGAGGUAGUCACGCAUGAAGGUCACAUCGUGGCACUGGAGCGCUCGACUGAGUUCCAGGCCACAAAAGUCAUUUUAUUUGAUCUGGCGGUGGCGCAGCAAGGGGUAGUGUUAUUCGGGUCCGAGGGGUACCUGAACUAG